GGCGGUGUUAAAAUGGCGGUUUGCCCAAUGUUUGGUGGCCGGGAAUAACCGCCAGCUGUUAUUCGGGCGAGGGUUCGUCGUAACGCGCUCCCAGACAGACUUUGGCCCCGAGAAGCGUGUCUUGUUCAGUGUCGCGGCGCGCUUGGCUCCGUCUGCCCGUCGUGGUAUUAUUUCCUUGCGGUCGCAACGAGACCUUCCGUGUGCUCGCAUUAAAAAUUUCUAAAAAAAAGAGGCAGAAGAGACGCCGCAGGAGAAAUGAAACAGCCGGGCCACAGCCGACGGCCGGGGACCGCCGCGGCCAUGAGCAGGAGGAGGAGGUCUCGCUCGGCGCCUGAAGAGUCGCGCGGUUCGGGGCGGGACCCUGACCCAGGCAUGCGUCGGCGCGCCACGCACGAGCGCGAGGCGUCGGCCGAGGGCGCCGGCGGCGGCGGAGAGGACGACGACGAGCCGUCCACCCCCACGUCGUCUUCGGCGGCGGCGGCGGCGGCGCUGCCCCACGAGGAGGCGGCCGCCUUCCCGCCCAGCUACAUGGUGCUGCAGUUCUCGCGCUACAUCCACGGCCGCGCGCUCGCCUGGCUCGUCGACAAGAUCACCGGCAAGCGCAUGGACGGCGGCGCCGAGCUGCUGGUGCGGCGGCAGCCCCCUGGCGACGGCGAGGACCUGAUCCUGCACGUGUCGGCCAGCAAGCUGAAGUUCCUGGAGGUGGCGGAGGAGCUGGAGCUGAAGAAGAGGGACCGCGCGGGGCUGGUGCGCGAGUUCAACGUGGCCCAGAUGGAGGACUUCCUGCUGGACGGCAUGCACGUGGACGACCUGCUGACCUUCGCCGAGCGCCAGCACGUGGUGCAGCACGAGCUGGAGAACCUGCGCGCGCUGCCCGAGGACUCCAGCGUGCCCGGAUACCCGGCCUUCCGCCUCUACGAGGGCCAGUCCGUGGUGCAAAUGUGCGUGCAGUGGCAGCUAAUUGAGAAAGUGUUCCCGCUUCACGACCAGGAGGCGUUGGACAAGCUCGGUAGACGGUGGUACGCUUCGUUUUUCGAGUACCAGCCAAUAGAGGAGAUUCGUCUGUAUUUCGGCGAGGCCGUAGCGUUGUACUUCGCAUUCCUGGGCUUCUACACGACCGCCCUGAUCGCGCCAAUGACGCUCGGCUUGCUCCAUAUGUUCCUGUCCACAGAGAGUCUCGCCUUCUUCUGCAUAUUCAACGUGCUGUGGGUCACCAUAUUUCUAGAGGCGUGGAAAAGGAAGUGCAGUGAGUUGGCCUUCGCGUGGGGGACAAUUGGCAUGACGAGUUUGGACGAACCUCGACCAAACUAUCACGGGACGAUGGGGAUAGACGCCGUGACCGGCAGAUUACAGCCUCAGUUUCCUCGCUGGAAAACAAAUGUCAGGAUGUACUGCAUUUCGUUUCCCAUAGUGUUUCUGUGUAUGCUGGGCGCAUUCUACGUGAUGCUGUUGUCUUUCUGGACCGAGGAGUACAUGAUGGCUCGGAGGGAAAGAGGCGUGCGAAUGGGCAACUUGCUAGUCACCUUGCCCAGCGUUGUGUACACCGGGUUGGUCUACGUCAUGAACAUGUAUUACCGCCGCCUGGCCACUCACCUCACAGAAUGGGAGAACCAUCGGACACAGUCACAGUUUGACAGGCACCGAGUGACCAAACUUGUCCUUUUUGAGUUUGUGAACAACUUCAUGUCACUGUUCUACAUUGCCUUCUACAUUCGGGACAUGGACAUGUUGAGAAGUCAACUGGCGAUUAUGCUGAUAGUUCUGCAAGCAAUCAACAACUUUCAGGAGGCUCUUUUACCACUCCUCUUAAAGCAGUAUGGCAAGAAGAUGUCGGCGCUGGUGUCUCGCGCCGUGCAGCUGCUGCGGCUGCUGGAGCUGGACACGAUCCUGGGGCUGCCCCCCGCGGAGCCGGGGCACGACCUGCACAGGGACCGCCAGCCCCGGGCUAAGGGGGCGGAGGGGGAGGUCGCGAAGGGGGGCGCACUGGCCCACGUGGGGCUGCUGGACGCUGACGACCCCCGCGUCGCCCAGACCGCCGUUGAGCUGGAGAUGGACAACUACGAGGGCACAUAUGAUGACUAUUUGGAGAUGUUCAUCCAAUUUGGCUACGUGAUCUUGUUUUCUUCUGUGUACCCAAUGGCAGCAUUUUGGGCAGUCUUCAACAACGUUUUGGAGAUCCGAGCAGAUGCCUUCAAGUUGUGUCGACUCUACCAAAGGCCCUCGGCCAGAAGGGUGAAAAACACUGGAGCUUGGCAGCGGGCGUUCGAGGCGCUGGGCGCCCUGUCCAUCGUGACCAACUGCGGGCUGCUCUGCAUGUCGCCGCAGCUGCGCGGGCUCGCGCCGCGCGCCUCGCCGGUGGAGUGGGUGCUGGCGCUGGUGUGCCUGGAGCACGUGCUGCUGGCCGUGCGACACGUGCUGCACGAGGCCAUCCCCGACAGCCCCGAGUGGGUGCGGCUGCAGCUGGCCCGGCUCGACUACCAGUCCAGGCAGGCGCUCAAGCACGAGAGGAUGAUACUUCGCAGAAAAAUUUUUCACAGGCGAUCCAAAACAGUGCAUGGACCACAUAAGAACACUGCCAGGUGAUAAUUAAUAAAAAAAAAAAAAUAAAAAAAACUUUUAAAAAUGUAUGUGUUCCCUCCAGCAAUGCUCAAGAAAAUUAUUUGGUACUCGAAACUGUUGUUAAAUACUCAGGGUAACACUCUACUCCAUUAAAUAUUUUUCACAUAUUUCGAAGUUUUGUACUUAUGAAAUAAGUGUUAUUUUGUGUGUUUGUUGGGCGUGUGUGUAAAUAAUUUAAAAGUACCUACUGUAAUGUAUUUUGGUCUGUCCAAAAUAUUAAAUUUGUUACUAAAAUAAUUGUACUUCCAUCUAUUUUUGUCUAGUCUUUUCUACAUUGUGGUGUUGUAUUUUACAAUACAAAUAAAUAAAUAGUUAAGU